CACUCAUUCACUCCACUGCUCCCUCCAUAAUUUCAAAGAAGAAAUGGCAUCUUCAUCUUUCACUUCUCUUCUUAUAGUACUUUCCAUUAGUAGCUGCUGCAUAUUCUACUCAACCUCUGCAGCUAGGGACCUUGCACCCAAAACCAACACCGAGUUCAUGAAAACAUCUUGUAGUGCAACAACCUACCCAAAACUAUGUCUUACUUCCCUUGCAAGCCAAGCAACUGCAAUCCAAACAAGUCCGAAGCUCAUGGCGAGUGCAGCCCUUAGCGUGACACUUUCAUCCGCUAAAUCAACCUCUAACUUGAUGUUGAGUCUCUCUCACGGCCACGGCAUGAAGCCUAGAGAAGUGGCGGCGAUGAGGGACUGCGUCGAAGUUUUGGGUGAUUCGGUGGACGAGCUUCAGAGGUCUAUUUCCGAGAUGGGUAACUUCAAGAGCUCGGAUUAUGAGAUGAUGAUAAGUGAUGUACAAACUUGGGUUAGUGCGGCCUUGACGGAUGAGAGCACCUGCGCUGAUGGGUUUGCUGGAAAUGGUUUGAAUGGGAAUUUGAAGACUGUUGUGAGGGGAAAGAUUGUGACAAUUGCACAAUUGACUAGCAAUGCCUUGGCCUUAAUCAACAGAUAUGCCUCAGUUCAUGGUUAAAAUUGACGAGUUAUCCUACAUAAAUGAUUAAGAUUAAACGAGCUCUGUAUAUUAAUUAGUAAGAUAGUAUGUAAGAGGUGUUUGAUAAAGUUGUCUGUAAGUUCUCAAUUCUUGCUUUUAAGACGGUAUUGUAAUUGUUUAUAUGUGAAUGAUUAAUGUGUGAAUUUUUACAUGCAUGUUUGCUCAACAAGUAACUAGUGACUAGGGAGUGAACGUAGAUAUCAUGAACCCUGGUAACUUUGAAUAGAUGGUGAUAGGGUGCUAAUCCUUGUCUAAAAUUGGGGGUAUGAUAUUGGUCCAAGGUUUCUCUUCGUUGUCUGAUUUUCUAGAGAAAAGCACAUACAUUUUGUCUAUAUAUCAAGGUAAAGUCCAGUGUACGUAUCUCGAAGUAGUCCAAGCUAAACAAGUCGCCAAGUCGACCGGGGUCAUCAACUUGGCUAAUGGCGGCUGUGGUAUUGGUAUGUCACACUAUCUGCACUCAUAUA